UAUACUAGUACAUAAUUUAGUCAAAGAAAAUUUAGUCAAAGAAAAAGAGAAUAUGAUAUUAAUAUUCAUAAAUUAAAAGUAUAUUCCUCCUUCUACUGCUAUAAAAGUCCUAUACUAAACUCUGAAUAAGAAACUCACACCAAAGAAAAAAAACAAAAAUGGGAUCCGAAGCUCCCAUUCAAAUCCUCCUAGUAUCUUACCCUGCACAAGGACACAUAAACCCUCUUCUUAGACUAGCAAAGUGUCUUGCAGCAAAGGGCUCUUCUGUCAUUUUCAUCACAACAGAGUUCGCCGGCAAAAACAUGCGAACCGUUAACAACAUCACCGAUAAAUCAACCACCUCAAUUGGCGACGGUUCUCUCACUUUCCACUUCUUUGACGACGGUUUACCAGAAGAUGACCCCAUCAGACCAAGUCUCAGCGGCUACUCCGAACAGCUUGAACUUGUUGGAAGAAAGUUUCUUUCUGAAUUGAUCCAGAAUCAUGCUGAGUCAAACAAACCAAUUUCAUGUAUCAUAAACAACCCUUUUCUUCCUUGGGUUUGUGAUGUAGCGACGGAACAUGAUAUUCCUUCUGCUUUGUUGUGGAUUCAAUCCGCAGCUGUUUUCGUAGCUUACUAUAACUACUUCCAUAAACUGGUACGUUUUCCUACGGAUUCAGAGCCUUAUAUUGAUGUUCAACUCAACUCUUCUUUUGCUCUUAAAUACAAUGAAAUCCCAGAUUUUCUACAUCCUUAUAGUAAAUAUCCAUUUCUAGCGACACUCAUCUUAGAACAGUUUAAGAAUUUGUCUAAAGUGUUUUGUGUUCUGGUGGAUACAUAUGAAGAACUCGAACAUGAUUUCAUCGAGUACGUUUCAGAAAAAUCGAUCCUCAUGAGACCUAUUGGUCCUUUGUUCAACAACCCAAAAAUCAAAGAUGCCAGUGAUAUUCGAGGCGACUUUGUUAAGAGAGAUGAUUGUAAUAUUGUAGAGUGGCUGAACACGAAGCCAAAAGGCUCAGUGGUUUACAUUUCUUUUGGGACUAUUGUGUAUCUUCCACAAGAACAAGUGGAUGAAAUUGCAUAUGGGUUGUUGGAUUCUCGAGUAUCUUUUCUAUGGGUAUUGAAACCACCUCCUAAGGAAGUUGGUCGGAAGCCACAUGUUUUGCCCGUUGGGUUUUUGGAGGAGACAAGUGGGAGAGGAAAAGUCGUGAAGUGGGGUCCACAAGAAGAAGUAUUGUCCAAUUCUUCGGUGGGAUGUUUCUUAACACAUUGUGGUUGGAAUUCAUCCAUGGAAACACUUACUUUAGGAGUUCCGGUGUUGACUUUUCCAGCAUGGGGUGAUCAAGUUACAAAUGCGAAAUUUCUGGUUGAUGUUUUUGGAGUUGGGAGUAGGUUGGGUUAUAGUCAAAUUGAAGAUAAAUUGGUAACAAGAGAUGAAGUGAAGAAGUGCUUAUUGGAAGCAAUGGCUGGGGAAAAGGCAGAGGAGUUUAAGAAAAAUGCGAUCAAGUGGAAGAAGGCGGCGGAGGUGGCGGUGGCGACUGGUGGAUCAUCUGAUCGGAAUCUUGAUGAAUUUAUGGAAGAUAUUAAGAAACAUGGAUCUGUAUAAUAUUCAUAAGAUUUAGUGUAGAGUUCCAAUAAUUAUUAAUGUCUGUUGUGUCGCUAUUAAUGGAAAUUAUUAUAGUAGUGGGAUUUUCAUGACACAUUUGUAUGCAAAAUGCAAAACGGAAUUGUGAAGUACUAAAUGUUUUCUUUCAAUAAAAAGAGAUCACGUCUCUUCUAGAAGCAUAAUAAAUUAAUAAUAAAUGUACCAUUUACUACUAUUAAAUAUUUUAUUAAACAAUA